AAUUGGAGUUUUUCUAUUGAAAUGAAUUUGGGGCUUUUUAUCAAUUUGCGAAAUUAAUUUGGGGCUUUUUAUUAAUUUGUUGCUCCUCUUCUUCAACGUUUUUCCUUCAUCACCGUUUUUUGCUUCUUCUCAACUUCGGCUAUUGCUUGCGAGUGCUGAUGACUCUUCUUCUUCAGCUGCUGCUGCUGCGCUUGCUUCUCAUCUCAUUUAAGCGAUCAUCCUCAACUUCUCUCUUUGUCACUGAAACCUCAUUCUCAGUCUCUAAAUUCUUUCUUCGUUGAAAUCGUCGCCGGAGAAGGAAAAUGAUGGAGUUUCAACUUAAAGAUACUCGCAAAAGAACACCAGCACAAGUUGAAGAUGAAAUCAAAGAAGACAAGGGUUUUUACGAGGAUGAAUACGGCCACCUCGUUGUUACUGCCCACCUGGGCGACAGGCGCCUAGAGCCUUUCUUGCCGCGUUUUCUUCACAAGAUCAGAGAUCACUAUGCCUUGCCUUCUACGGACUUCAUCCGAGAGUUGGGUCCUGCUGAUUUUGCUAAGAAGUUGAAAACGAAGGAUGAUGGAUGGGAUGAAGCAAUCUUAGGGAUUGCUUCCUCAGUUGUAGCUGUUUCUAUCUUUACGGGUGUCAAAAGGUUAAUUGAUUGUUCGGGGCUGAUUAUUGGUUGGGAUGCAUGCAAAGGAGAGGCAACAAUUUUGACAUCUGCCAGACUACUUAAGAUGCCUGAUGCGAGAAAGAAUUACUAUGUUGCAGUGCGAUUUGUCAAUGGUAUGAUAGAGGUCGGUGAGGAGGAUUUUGUCGACUUCUAUCAUAAUCUAAUGACGGUAAAAGUAAAGUGUCUCACAAAUGUGAAAGCAGUCAGCAUUGACACUGCACAAGAGGUUGAAGACGGGACAGAAGUGGUUUCCGUAGGACGAGGGUUUCUUGGUACCCUUGUAGAAGGUAGGGGAAUCCUUCACAAGGAAUACCCCUACUUUGGGUGCCAAGAACUGUGGGGUUCUAACUGUCAGGGUUCUACCUGGGUGACUACUGAGGUUAGUGAAGGAGGGCCACUUAUCACUAAAGAUGGUCAUGUGUGUGGGAUAGCAUUUUUUGAUCGUCAUCGUUAUGCGAGUCGUCUCCCUCAUGAUAUUAUUACCUCGUGCUUGCGCUUUUUUGAAACCAAUGGUAGGGUUGUAAUUCCAUGGUUCGGCAUCGCUGUGAUCGAUAGCAAUAAGUUGCCUCGAGAAAAACUUGAAAAACUUGAAAUAUUCCAGAUGACCUUCGACGAAAAGACACCUUAUCAGAAUCAUGUGAUUGUAAAAGAGGUUUAUGACAAUUCUCCUGCAAAAAAACUUGAACUGAGGCCUGGUGAUAUUGUUAGAUCUCAUGGGGGGUGUGCGGUUUCUUCCUCUUUGGAGUUUUUGGAGCUACUUCAUAAAAUGUUUGAGGACUUCAAUGCCAACUCUUCUAGUAAGAUUUCUGACGAAGAGUGUGAUUUUAUAAGAGAGAUAAAGGUUGUCACUUCUCGAUAUGGUUGUGAUGAAGAAGUUACACUAAAGGUUGACAGUGUUGAAGCUAGUGAUAAGAAGUUUUUUACUUGUUGGCCAGAAGAUGGUCAUGGUGUUUGGUAUGGGAAGCCCAGGUUUGGGUCUCAAGAUGAACCAAGCAUUACCACGUAUGUCCCCAAAUUUGGUCGCACCUUGUAGCUGCCAUCAUCACAGUUAUGUUGGUUUAAGUAAUAUAGUUGGUUUUUAGUUUAAUAGGUAGGCUCUUGAAUUUCAGAUUUUGGUGAUUUAGUUAGUUUUGGUAGGAGACACAUAGUUGUAGUAUGAAGCUUUAUCUUGUAAAUGUUUAUGCUUUAGCAUAUAGAAAUGAAAGUGAAUAUUUUUGUGCACGAA